AUGGAGGCUGAGGACUACGAGGCAUGGAAGAGAUAUCACUGGAAGAGCAAGACCUGUUCCAUUGUCCUUCUGGGCUUCUGGCUCUUUGGUCUCGUCGGCAUGGUUACCUGCUUCAUCAUGAUGCUGCCCGUCGAGGAGUUCGUACUCCUGGUCGUUGCUGUCCUCGGGCCGAUCUUGAUUCUCAAGGUCCCUGUACUAAUAUACUGUUUUGACAAGCAAUACCGGGAACCUCGGUGCCGUGCAGCUGGAGUGGAUCCGGAUCUGUACAUGCUCCCGAAAGUCCCAUACCUAUUCCUAAAAGGGGGGAUGAAUCUAACUCCGAAUCGAACCUGGUAUGUGGCGAUGCCCCAGGAUGCGACAGUCCUUGGAGAAUGGGGAAAAGGGGUGAAAUGCCACGUGCACCGUGACGCCAUGGACAUGGUCCUGGGGAAAUCCUGGUACUUGAAGACGCCCUCUCCAGAGCCGGAACAGGGAAUCCCGCCCUUCUUCCUCAAAACCAGCUUCUCGAAAGUCCAGCAUUUACCCGACAUGGUGGAGAUCGUCCUCACCGACUCCCCGGUCGUCCUUCAUCACCUAAGUCGUGCAUCCUGGACUCAGACGCAUCGGACGUAUCCUGGGAGGCCAGAAAUUCCCUCCAUUUCGUCGAGGGUGCAGCACCAACAAGAAUUCAACAGGAACGGUACUCGGCUCGACUUCGAGUUACCGAGAAUAAUCAAGUCCGACCUGCCCCCAAGUUACGAGGAAGCGAUGCAGAUCUCGGCUGCAAAGAAAUCGACGACUGAUGAGUGA